CAUUCCAUGCCGGCUGCUACGUCCCACGGUCGAGGCAAGUCUCUAUGCUAACCGGCCUGCCCUCAUAGCAACCCUCACCCGUACCAGCAGGCCGACAUGGCCCGCCGAAACGAGCGUAUGGAGUUUCCCUACGGCGCGCCUCAGCCCAAUAUGGCGCCGCAACAGCAACAUCAUCCUACUCCCGUCCAACCUCCCAUGAACGUCCCUCAGCAGCCUCCCAACGGGCCGCCCCAGCAGCAGCAGCAACAACAACAGCAACAAACCCCGACGCCGGCCCCAGCGCAAGGUGGUCGACAGCGGAAGCGCCCCGCUCCGUCAGCCGCUCCGCCACCGGCCACCUCGGCCCCUCCCGCCCCCAUCACCGCCUCUCAGGUUCAGCCUCCUACUGCUCCUCCUGCACCACAUGCUCCUCAGUCUGCCCCUCCUCAGCAACCUCAGGCCCCCACCGAUGAUGCCAACUCUGCACCAAUCGCACCACCUCCCGCCAAGAAGAGCAGGACGAACACUCCUUGGACCCCGCAAGAGGAGUUAAGGCUCAAGCAGAUGCGAGAUGCGGGAAACAGCUGGGCUGAGAUCGCCAAGACAUUCCCCACCAGGACAGAGGGAUCUGUCAAGAAGCACUGGUACAAGGACAUGCACUAUGCCGAGUUUGCUGAGGACGAGAGCCAAGCGUUGUUGAACGCGAUCAAGGAGUACGAGAAUAACAAGUGGAAGGUUAUUGGCCAAAAGGUCGGCAAGCCUGCCAAGGCAUGCGAACAGUAUGCCAAAGAACAUUUCCCGGGUAUGGUCACGAAGCUCGGCCGCUAGCAGCGGCGCCGCGACGACGCUGGUCAGACUAACCCCACCACAGAUCUCUUCGCCAACUCGAAGGGGCGAUAGACUAUGUCACCAGCGUGGCAGGUCCAUCACUGGCCCUACUGGCAAUAGCAUAGCUGUAGAGCUAAGCUGACCGCGUUUGCGACCCAUCUAUGACG